AUGUCGUCGCCCCAUGUUCUCCUCGUCUCCGCCCCUUUUCUGGGACACGUCAACCCGCUAGUUGCCCUCGGCCGGCGCCUAGCCGCCAAGGUCCUCCUGGUAAGCUUGACCACCCUCCCGCACGCGGGCCUCAAGCUCCGGCACCAGCACGGGGACAGCAGCGCGGCCACCGCCGACGUUGGUCGCGGCGUGCUCCAGUUCGAGCACCUGUGUGGCGGGGAGGUUUGGACCCCGGACGACCCACGCUACCGCGACCCCAACGACGUUGCGCGCCACCUCGACGACGUGGCCUCCGCCGCGCUCCGGGGGCUCAUCCGCCGUCAGGCCGACGCUGGGUGGCCGGUCACGUUCGUGGUGGCCAACCUCUUUGCCCCGUGGGCGUUCCACGCCGCGGCGGCCGUGGGCGUCCCGGCCGCCAUGCUGUGGAUGCAGUCCUGCAUGGUCCUGUCGCUGUACUACCACUACUUCCACUCACUCACGGCGUUCCCCGCCAAGGAUGCCGGCCCGGCCGCGCAGGUGGACGUCCCGGGGUUGCCGGCGAUGGCGGGCGGCGAUCUCCCGGCCUUCCUCCACCUGCCCGAGGAGCACAUCUGGCGCCAAAUGCUAGUGUCGGAAAUUCUCGGCCUCUGCGAGGCGGCGUUGUGGGUUCUUGUCAACACCUUCGACGAGCUUGAGCACUUCGCCAUCGAGGCACUUCUCGCGCACAUGCCAGUUCUACCCGUCGGUCCUCUCAUCGAGAUGGAGCACGACAGUGCCGGCGACGAAUGCACGGCGUGGCUCGACGCGCGGCCUCCACGAUCGGUGGUGUUCGUGGCGUUCGGGAGCAUCGUGAGGCUUAGCCGGGAUGAGAUGGCGGAGAUGGCAGCUGGGCUGGCGUCCACGGGGCGGCCAUUCCUGUGGAGUCAAUAA